UACUCAACCUAUCCCUAUCUUGAAAAGGUAUAGAAGUACUUUUUGAUAGGCCCUCGGCUCAAGUAAAGCACAUCAACGCUUAAGUAAAUGUGAAAUAAUCACAGUAGUGAAAAAUUCAUGUUGAAAACAAUGGAGAAGAAACAGAAACAAUAACAAACAAUAUGAUACAGUAGUAGUUAAAUGACAGCUAGAAACUUACUAACAUUUACUCCCCCUCCUACUUACUAGCUCUGCAUCAAACUUCUUUCUGGCAGCAAUUAGCAGCCAACUUUAAUAAGAGGCCAAAUAGAAAACGACCUGAUAAGCCUAGUGCAAGUAUUUCUGUAACACCACACUCAAGAAGUUGUCUCUAUCUGAAGAUGGUUGAUGCCAUUGUGUCAUUUGCAGUUCAAAAGCUGGGUAAUUUUCUCAUAGAAGAAGCUAACGUGCGUUUAAGUCUGAAAGGAAAUGUGUUCUGGCUUCAAUCUCAACUGAUCAAGAUGCUGAAAUUCCUCAAAUAUGCAGAAGACCAGCAAGUUAAAGAUCCUAUGGUUCUACAAUAUGUGUUUGACAUUAGGAACAUUGCUAAUGAGGCUGUUGCUAUACUGGAGACUUACUCCAUGGCAGGAGAUCAACGCGAGGACCAUGGAUGUGCUAGUCGUCUUAAGUCUUGCACUUGCAAAUGUAGAAAGGAGACCAAACUCUACAAUGUCGGCAAGGAGAUCGAAUCACUUAGGCAGCGACUUGAGGCGAUAGCUCAUGAGCGAGACACUUAUGAUAUCAGAAGCAUCAAGAAUGCAGGAGAAGGGCCAAGUAAUCUUCCAAACAAUCAGUCUGCCAGAGAUAGAAAAUUGAGGAUAACUGACUCCUUUGUGGAUGAUCAAGAUCUCACUUUUGUUGGCAAUCAGGAUGCUGUAGAAAGAUUGCUAGCUGAACUUCUUAAAGAAGAGCCUCGUCGAAGCGUCAUCUCCAUUUAUGGCAUGGGUGGAUUAGGCAAGACCACUCUUGCAAGAAACAUCUACACUAGUCCUAAAAUAGUGUCUACCUUCGAAACACGUGCUUGGAUAUAUGUUUCUCAAGAGUACAACACCAUGGAUCUCCUUAUGGAUAUCAUAAAAUCCAUCCGAGGUUGCAACAAGGAAACUAUAGAUCUGUUGGAGAGGAUGACAGAACGAGAUCUACGAAUACACCUUCGUGAUCAAUUGAAGGACUGCAAAUACCUUUUGGUGAUUGAUGAUGUCUGGCAGAGAGAAGCAUGGGAAAGUUUGAAAAGAGCCUUUCCGGAUGACAAGAAGGGCAGCAGAGUGAUUAUUACAACACGCAAGGAGGAUGUUUCUGAAAGAGCAGAUGACAAAGAUUUUGCCCACAGACUUCGUUUCCUAAGCAAAGCAGAGAGUUGGGACCUCUUUUGCAGGAAACUACUUGAUAUUCGGACAAUGGCCCCAGCAAUGAAAAGGCUAGCUAGGGAUAUGGUGGACAAAUGUGGAGGCUUACCUCUUGCGAUUGUUGUAUUAAGCGGACUACUUUCGCAUAAAAAAGACCUAGAAGAAUGGCAACAGGUCAAGGACCACCUUUGGCAUAAUAUUACAGAGGCCGGCACUAGUCAAAUCUCCCACAUCCUGUCAUUGAGCUACAAUGAUUUGCCAACUGAACUCAAGCAGUGUUUUCUUUACUUUGGUACUUUUCCAGAAAAUCAAGUGGUCCAUUCUGAUAACAUAAUAUGGUUGUGGAUGGCUGAAGGAUUAGUACCGAGAGGAGAAACAAGAAUGGAAGAUGUCGCUGAAGGCUUCUUGAAUGAGCUGAUAAGACGAAACUUGAUACAAGUGAGACAUACUUUUUGGGGAAAAGUUACUGAAUGUAGGAUUCAUGGUCUACUUAGGGAUCUUGUCGUAAAAAAAGCAUUGGAGAUAAAUUUCUUUGACAUUUAUGAUCCAAUAAAUCACUCCAUAUCACCCUUAUGUCUCAGGCAUGCCAUUCAUGGUGAUGCACAAAAGUACCUCUCACUUGAUCUUUCAAUAACGAAGUUGAGGUCAGUUAUGUUCCUUCAUCCAGAUUUUAGUAACACGAAUCUUAUAAAGUUCCAUAAAGUGUUCCAACAUUUAUAUGUGUUGUACUUGGAGAAUCAUUCUGUUAGUGAUGAAUUACCUGAUGUUAUAGGAAGUUUGUCCCAACUCAAGUUCUUACGCGUCACAGAUAUCUCUACUCUCCCCUCCUCCAUUGGCAAACUCAAGAAUUUACAGACAAUUCAUGUCAAUGAUUAUGGUCAGUUAUGCCAACUCCCCCCCGAGACUGUUGACCUCAUAAAUCUUAGACAUUUAGUAGCUCCAUAUUCAAAACCUCUAAAACGUGUUAGCAAACUCGAGAGUCUUCAAGUUCUUGAAGGCAUUUCUUGUGACCAGUGGAAAGAUGACGAUCCUGUUGGUUUAGUCAAUCUUCGAAAAUUAAGCAUGUAUGAUAUUAAGGAAUCUUACUCCCUAAACAACAUUAGCAGCUUGCAAAACCUUAGCACUCUCGUAUUGUCUUGUAAACCCGAUGAAUCAUUCCCAGACCUUGAAUUUCUUAGUCCUUGUCAACACCUCCACAAAUUGUGGUUAGAUGGGGGAAUAAAGAAACUACCUUCCUCGGGCCCAUUACUAGAUUCAAUCACAAUGCUAGUCCUUCAGUAUUCGAAUUUGAUGGAUGAUCCGAUGCCUAUUCUAGGAAAGUUGCCAAACCUAAGGAAUCUUGACUUCGUAGCAGCUUAUGGAGGACGAGAUAUUACCUGCAAUGAUAACAGUUUUUGCCAGCUGGAGUUUCUCCGUCUUGAUGAUCUUCCGAAACUAGACAGUUGGCAUUUACCCACAAGUUCCAUGCCUCUGAUUAAAGGUCUUGGUAUCCACGACUGUCCAAAGCUAAAGGAGAUUCCCGAAAGAUUGAAGGACGUUCCUAAGCUGGAGAGAUUGCAGGGAAUUCAUCUUGUAUGAAACUUUUUAAAGCAUACAUGAUAUUCUAUUUCGGCAUGCUACAAAAUAGCAGAGGUAAAUAUACAAAUAAAAUCCUAAUCCAGAGGAUGAAGAAUAAUUGUUUUUUGCAUGGAUUUGGAGCAUAAUUGAGCCUUGAAGUCUGAAAAGGAGCCAAAAGAAAGAUGAUUCAGAGCAAGUCCAAAGGUGUUAGUUCUGGACGGAAGCUUAAGGGAAGUGAAACGAGGAGAAGACGGGAAAUGCACUAAGGGGGUACCUAGAGCAUCACCGUAGCAUAUUUUUGUACCCUCAACUCGUCUCAGCGAAGUUGCUUUCCAAAAGGCUUGGUGUGCGUAUCAAUGCAAUUCCAGUCCAAGUAUGUUAUGGAUCAUUUGGAACGAACCGGAUCUAACCCUGACCCUUUUAUAGCUCUAUAAAUACUUCCGUUUAGUCAUGGGGGGUGAGAGGACUAGCGUAAUUUCAGAGGGAAGAGAUAUAACUUCUACACUUAGGUUUUCUUAAUUUAAUCAUUGGACCUUUGUCUAUUCAUGAAAUCUUUCGUUUAUAACCAAUUCAUAGGUAACUAAACUCAUUGUAUAUAGAUUGUGGUUGGAUAUGAAGGAUGGCGUUUGAAGUUAAUAUAACUUAAUAUCGAUUUCCCCAGUGAGU